UUCUUUUUUUUAUUAGUGCUGAUUCAGUCUCAGGAGUAACCUCGAUGGAUCUUUGUGAAAUCAGCAGGACUUGGAGAUAAUGUUACCCUUCAUUGUGAAGCUAAAGACAAGAAGAUUCAUUAUUUAUACUGGUACAAGCAAUCUCCUGGAUACUUUCCCCAAAUGGUUGCUUCGAAAUCGUAUGGAUCAAUUACAAUGAAGCCCCAGUUUGAUUUAAGAUUCACAAUGGAAGAAGGUGCUUCUGACUUUAAUCUCAUCCUUCAAAACGUCACUAAAGGUGAUGAAGCUUAUUAUUUCUGUAGCCAAUCCUCACUUUACUCCUGGGACAAUUGCACCUUUCUGUCUGUCAAAGAUCACAAUGACAACAGAUUUGUCUCCCAGACUGUGGUCCAACAGCCUGUGUCUGCAUCAGCUCAGCUGGGAGACCCUGUGGCUCUCCAGUGCUCUAUUACCUCCCAGAGGACGGACCACAGUAACCAGUGCCAGGGGGAACCCAGUGUGUACUGGUUCAGAUCUGGAUCAGGACCAUCUCACCCUGCUGCCAUUUACAUGAAUUGGAACAGCAGUGGUGAAUGUCAGAAUAGUUCUGGGCCUCCGUCUGCUCCACAGAGCUGUGUCUACACUCUCCCCAAGAACAAUGUAGACUCCUCUGAUGCUGGGACCUACUACUGUGCCCUGGCAGCAUGUGGGGAAGCUGUGUUUGGAAGUGGAACUACGCUGGACAUAACACAGCCCAACCAUCAUCUGGUGAUCUUGGUGCAUCGGAUGAUGUCAUCUUGCUGUCUGCUUGUGAUUGUAAUCCUCAUUUUAAUAAUACAUUACAGGUUUGACAGGAAAACAGAUAGUUUGAACUAUGCAGCGUUGGAGUUCAAUGGCAGAAAAAAAACCAACGGAGGGAAGAAGAACAGUGAAAGGACUCAGGAGAACAGACUUUUGGCGCUGGUUAAUGUGAUCGUGCUGAUUUCACCCUACGAGAGCUUCCACUGUCUGAUCCAGGUGUGUCCCAGGGAGGUGAAAAUGGCAGAUCACAUUAUUGAUCAACGCAUCAGGACCUACUUCAACCAAGUGACCAGCGCAGAGAGACUGCCACCGCUGACCUACGACGCCGAUCACCGCCAUCGAGAUGGCACCGCUGAGAGCUCACCGCUGCUUGCCACCGCCAUCGACAGCUCACCGCUGAGAGCCGCCGACGUCGACAGCUCACUGCUGAUCGCCGCCGACGAGAAUGCAUCACUGGCCGCCGCCUUUGAGAAGGUGUCGCGGACCGUCGCUGAGAGCUAG